AUGACUGGAGGACUGUGGGACAGAGAGGCUGGAGGACUGUGGGAUACAGUGGCUGGAGGACUGUUGGGUAUAGUAGCCGGAGAGCAUCUGGAGGACCGCGGGGCAGAACGGCUGGAGGACUGCGGGAUAGAGCGGCUGGAGGACUGUGGGGCAGAGCAUCUGGAGGACCGCAGGGCAGAACAGCUGGAGGACUGCGGGGCAGAGCGGCUGGAGGACUGCGGGAUAGAGCAGUUGGAGGACUGCGGGAUAGAGCGGCUGGAGGACUGUGUGCAGGAAAUGGACCUGGGGCUGUUGGUCAAAGCCCCCCAGAUCUACCAGCUCCCCGAAUGGCGCCUGGUGUUCCUGGCCAAGAACUUCCCAGUGGGGCAGCGGGUGUUGGUGGACAGCAGCUUCGGUCAGCCCACGCCGGGGGAGGGCCGCAAAGAGGAGGCGACGCGACAGGGGGGGCUCCCCGUGGUCAGGGAGGUGCUGCUGGUGGGGCUGGGGGCCAGGCAGAGCCGGCCGUACCUCCUGGUGCACGUGGAACAGGAGCUGCUGCUCUAUGAGGCGUUCGCCCACGACCCGCAGUUGGGGCAGAGCAACCUGAAGGUGCGCUUCAAGAAGGUUCCUCACAACAUCCACUUCCGGAGCGCCGCCCCCGCCCAUCCAAGAAGAAGACGGAUGGGGGGGGGGGCGGAGCUGAGGAUGGGGGGGGGGGCGCGCGGCCGCGUGGCGCGAUUCCGACCCUUCCACGACAUCUACGGAUACGCCGGGGGGGAGCUGCGGAUCAGCGUUCUGCCUGCUGCCCUCUCCUACGACGCCCCGUGGCCCGUCCGCAAGAUCCCAUUGCGCUGCACCGCACACUACGUCGCCUACCAUGUGGAGUCCAAGGUGUACGCGGUGGCCACGAGUGUGAGCAAUCCUUGCACGCGCAUCCCACGCAUGACGGGAGAGGAGAAGGAGUUCGAGAGCAUCGAGCGCGACGAUCGCUACGUGCACCCUCAGCAGGAGGCCUUCUCCAUCCAACUCAUCUCCCCCGUCAGCUGGGAGGCCAUUCCCAACACCAGGAUCGAGCUGGAGGAGUGGGAGCACGUCACAUGCAUGAAGACCGUGUCCCUGAAGAGCGAAGAGACCGUUUCGGGGCUGAAGGGCUACGUGGCCGUGGGGACGUGUCUGAUGCAGGGCGAGGAGGUCACCUGCAGGGGGAGGAUUCUGAUCAUGGAUGUGAUCGAGGUGGUCCCGGAGCCGGGGCAGCCGCUGACCAAGAACAAAUUCAAGGUCCUCUAUGAGAAGGAGCAGAAGGGCCCCGUCACGGCCCUGUGCCACUGCAACGGGUACCUCGUGUCCGCCAUAGGGCAGAAGAUCUUCCUGUGGAGCCUGAAGGACAACGAGCUGACCGGAAUGGCCUUCAUUGACACGCAGCUCUACAUCCACCAGAUGAUCAGUGUGAAGAACUUCAUCCUGGCGGCCGAUGUGAUGAAGAGCAUUUCGCUGCUGCGCUACCAGGAGGAGAGCAAAACGCUGUCCCUCGUCAGCAGGGACGCCAAACCGUUGGAGGUUUACAGCGUGGACUUCAUGGUGGACAGCACUCAGCUCGGGUUCCUGGUGUCGGACCGCGACCGCAACCUGCUGGUGUACAUGUACCUGCCUGAGGCCAAGGAGAGCUUUGGGGGGAUGCGGCUGCUGCGCCGCGCCGACUUCCACGUGGGCGCCCACAUCAACACCUUCUGGAGGACUCCGUGCCGGGGAAACUGCGACGGCGCCCGCAAAGCCAACGCCUGGGAGCAGAAACACAUCACCUGGUUUGGUAUGGGGGUAUGGGGGGGGUAUGGG